AUGCUUCAGGGAUCCAUCAAAAAGACUCCUGGAAAUUAUAUUCUAUUGGUGACAGGUGACCUUAAUGCCAAAGUUGGCACAGAUAGAGAGGGGAGGGAGCAAGCAAUCUGCACUAAAGGGAUUGAAGAAAGAAAUAUGAAUAGAGAAAAGCUAUUAGACCUCUAUUUAAACCACAACCUUGUUAUUGGUGGUACACAAUUCCCACAUAAAAGUAUACACAAACUAACUUGGAUCUCACCCAAUGGUAGAACAUCCAACCAGAUAGAUCAACUAAUGAUAAAGCGGAAAAAGAGAGGAUCAAUGCAAGAUGUUAAAGUUCAUAGAGGAGCAGAUGUAGCCAGCGAACACCCUCUUGUAGUUACCAAGAUCAAACUCAAGCUGAGGAAAGCAAUUAAACCAAGCAGCAAUGAGAGAAACAGACUAUUUGAUGUUGGAAAGUUAAACAAUGCAAGAGUCAAGAAAGAGUUUGUACUGGAGCUGACAAACAGAUUCCAUGUACUGGAGAGAUUGAAAAGGAGAGGGAAGAAGGUUUGGAGGAGGAGAACAUCCAAACCUUGUGGAACAACAUCAAAUCAGUCUUAUCUGUGGCAGCAGAAAAAGUGA